CAUCAAACCUAACUAGGUCUCCUUCUUCUUGUUAUUGCCGCUGGGUUUUUUUUAUUUUUUAUUUUUACUUUAAAUUUCUGUUUCUAUUUCUCUACUGACUCUGGAGUUCAGACUUCCAAGUUUACCCAGAAAGAGAGGGAGGGAGGUUUGUUGUCUGUUUCUCUUUAAACUUUUAGGGUCUGUUUUUUCUGCUUGGCGUUGUGAUCUGACUUGGGAGUAGGAUCGAUCAGUGCUUGGGUUUUUGCUGCGGAACCAUUUACAGCAGUUAUGGUGAGGCGCCAUGGCUGGCAACUUCCUGCUCACACUUUCCAGGUUGUAGCAAUUACUGUAUUUUUCUUGUUAGUUGUUGCAUUCUAUGCCUUUUUUGCACCUUUCCUUGGUGGCCAUGUCUGGGAAUAUGCUGCAAUCGCCACUUAUACUCCUGCGGCACUCCUUGUUUUCAUUCUUUAUGUCCGCUGUACAGCCAUUAACCCUGCCGACCCUGGAAUUAUGUCAAAAUUUACUGGGGAGGUAACGAAAAAACCUAAUAUAAAUCUGGGGUUAUCAGGUGGGAAGGUUCCUGGUAAUUUUGGUGAAGUUGGAACUGGGUUGCAUUCUUCUCCGUCAUCAGCUUCUAGAAGCUCCAUAACAGCUGACUACAGUAAGAAAGGUUCAGUUGGAGAAUCUGAGAUUAUGGACAUUCCAGGGGGCUUUGCAGGUAGAAGAUCAUCAAAUUGCGUCAACAUUGGAGGGCUCUGCUGUGGAUUAUUUGUACAUGAAGAUUGCUCAAAACGUGGAGGAUCUGGUGAGCAACAAGCCACUGUGGAAGAUGCUUUAUUCUGCACGUUGUGCAAUGCUGAGGUUCGCAAGUUCAGUAAACACUGUAGAAGUUGUGAUAAAUGUGUCGAUGGAUUUGAUCACCACUGUCGGUGGCUUAACAAUUGUGUGGGAAGAAAGAAUUAUGUAACUUUUAUAUGUCUUAUGGCUACAAGUCUUAUUUGGCUUGUAAUUGAAGCUGGAGUUGGUAUUGCUGUCUUUGUCCGUUGCUUUGUGGAUAAAAGGCACAUGGAGGACCAAAUUAUUGAGAGGCUUGGCAAUGGUUUCUCUCGUGCCCCAUUUGCAGCUGUUGUGGCUGUAUGUUCUGCAGUUUCUUUGCUGGCUUGUCUCCCUUUGGGUGAACUUUUCUUUUUCCAUAUGAUUCUUAUCAGGAAGGGUAUUACAACUUAUGAGUAUGUUGUGGCAAUGAGGGCCAUGAGUGAGGCACCUGCAGGGGCAUCUGUAGAUGAGGAAAUGCCAAAUGUGAUCUAUUCUCCAACGGGAUCUGCUACAACUGGCGUAAGUGGUGGAAGUUCUCUGGGCCUGCAAUACAAGGGUGCAUGGUGUACACCUCCAAGGGUAUUUGUCGAUUAUCAGGAUGAAGUUAUUCCUCACUUAGAGCCUGGAAUGGUACCAUCUACUGUUGAUCCAGAUGCUGCUGGAUUUGCAGAAAGAGGGAACAAGUCCAAGAGGCCUGUGCGGAUUAGUGCUUGGAAGCUUGCAAAAUUGGAUUCAAAUGAAGCAAUGCGAGUGGCAGCUAAAGCUAGGGCAUCUUCUUCUGUUCUCCGGCCAGUUGAAAAUCGCCAUUUGCCUGACAGUGAUAUCAGCUCUAGUGGAAAUCUGAGUGGCAGAAGUAGUAUGAGCACUGACAUGGGGCUAAACAAAGACACCAAGAGUGACAUAAAACUAUCUCCUUUGAGGAAUUCAUAUGCACCAAGUCACUGUAGCAAGGAUGAAUAUGAAACCGGGACUCAAAGUGUGAGCAGCUUCAGCAGUCCAAGUCAUGUCCAUGAGUCAGUAACUCUUAGUCCUCUCCCACAAGAGCACCCUUCAGGUCCUUUUAAUCCUAUAACUUCAGUAUCCCACUUUGCUCCAGAGCGGCCUUUUGCUACUACUAGAGCAUCUUUUCCCAAUGCCAAUCUUGACAACUCAGUGUUCAAUCCUUAUUCUUCAGGAUUUGACGACAAGAUUAUGCAAAAGAGUAGCAGUACUGAUCCCUUGCUGUUACAGGCCCCACCUUCAUCUCUUCUUAGAGAUGGUAAAAGAACAUCUGUUGUGUGGGACCAAGAGGCUGGUAGAUAUGUGUCAGUUCCUGUAUCAGCGAGGACCGCUGAAUCUGCCCUGGAUGCCCGAAUUAGAUCUUCAGUGCAAAUUGGAGUAGCAAAUAGUCAUGCAGAAAGAAGUAAUUACAAUAGAAGACCUAUUGUUCUACCCACAGAAUCAUCUGGUACAGCCAAGGCUCCUGUGCAGCGGUCGGAGAAACUGAUGUACACAGGAGAGUCUAUUUUCUUUGGUGGUCCUCUUUUGAGUGUCCCAGUUAAGGAUGUUCCAAGAGGUGAAGCCAGCUCUAGUUUGAGACCAGAACAAGCGAGGGUGGUAUCCAACUGGCCCCAAGAAGCUAGAGGUGGAAGAGGUGUAGCUAUAAACCUGUUACCUGUGUUCACUCCAGCCGGUUUAGAAAGGAAUCCAUCAUCUGAGUCAGGGUUGUUUGGGUUGUAAAGCUUAUGGUAUCAUUCGUUAAGAGUAGGAUGGUUGUGUCCUCUAAUGUUGGUUGCUUUAUCCUUCCAAUUUUGGAGAUGAUGGGGAAGGUGGCAAUACCAUUACCAGCUUCAGAAGCUUCUUACUGCUGACAUUCUUUAGUAUCAGAAACUUUUAAUCGGGAACUGCAGCUCUCGGAUAGAAAGCAGUCUGCAUGGGAUGACUUUGGAGCCUCUUCAAGGAUGGAUCAUUUAUGUUUUGA